UUAUUUACAUAAGAAAUGAAUGGAGAAGUAGACGACCCAUUUCCCGUUGAGGACUGUCUUUUCGAGGAGACAUUUUCCAACGAUAGCGUGUACAAUAUAUGUGGACAAGAGCUGCGAAUAAAGCAAGUGUUUGGGGCCAACCUCGGCGUGGCUGCUCCGGUCUGGGAAGCAGCGAUACAGCUGAGUAAUUACCUGGUAGAGCAAUCCGUGGAACUGAAGGGGAGGCGCGUAAUUGAACUGGGAGCUGGCACAGGAUUUUUGGGCAUCUUUGCGGCGCGACUGGGUGCGGUGGUGACCCUCACAGACCUGCCCAUAGCUCUUCCUCCUCUACAGGCUAACGUCAGCGCUAACAUGCCCCCUGGUGGCUGGACCUCUGCUCCCUCAGUCCUGCCUCUGUCCUGGGGUACAGACCAUCUGACUUUCUCCUCGGACUGGGACCUAGUUUUGGGUGCUGACCUGAUCUACCUCCCGGAGACCUUCCUGUUACUGGUGGAGACGCUGGUUCACCUGUGCCACAGUGGGACAGUGGUGUUUUUCUGCUCCAAAAUGAGAACAGAGCACAAAACAGAGGAGUUUUAUGAAGAGUAUUUGCCUACGAGGUUCAGAGUGGAGCUGGUGCAAAGGGACGAACUGCAGAAUAUAAACAUUUACAAAGCAACUCUUAGGACAUAACAAAUAAUGGAAGAAGCACAUUGUUACAAAAAAGUUAUUUGGUUUGUUGUGUGCUUCAUUAAGCCACUGUGUAUUAGGGUUGCAACAACUAAUUAGACUAAUCAUGACUAACUGAUACAAGAACACAUUUUGUGACUUGCAAUUUAUACGCAAUUUAUCUAUAAAUAUUGCGCCCAGUUUCAGUCAGCAUCUUUUUGUGCAGGCUCAAUAAUAGUACAGUUGGCAGCCUCACUUCAACCUAUCUCCCCCAGGGCAGCUGUCGCUACAGAAAUAGUCCCAAGUGUGGGAUUUGAAUGAAUAAUGCCUUUUCAGUACAGCAUUUUCAGAGACUUAUCAUGUUAUAAAGCCCAAUGCAAAUGUAGGGCGUUAUUAUUACCACAAAUCCAGUAAUUUACCACACAAUAAAUGCAAGGUAAAAAGAUUUCUAAUGUAGUUAUCUCGAUACAGUUUUGAAAACAAUAAAUGCAGGUUAUAUUAUGUAUUGGCAUAUGACAGUAACUUUGUGUACUAGAAUUCUUGUGAUUCAAAUUCAAAUUUGCAGAGCUAACAUUAUAAAAACAUUGUAAUAAUUGCUGAUAAUCGAUUCACCUUUAUCCCAUGGAAAACAAUGUGUGGUAUCCGUCCAUUCACAGCGCUGUCUGCCUCUGGACUGUGCUGAUGUGGGAUUUCUGUUCAGGGGGAAAGCCUGUUUGUUCCGCUAAAGAGAUUUAAAGAAAGAGGCGCUCCACAUCCGCUAAAGCUAACGCUACCUCACUCUGUACCAAAGCAACUACCAAACAACAAGGACUUAAUUAGAAUGUAAGGAUUUUAUCUACACUUUUCCUUUUAAAGUGAAUUUUUGUUUUUUAUGUCUUUGUAUUUUGAUUUGAAUGUAUAUUUCCUAUUCUGCAAAGCACUUUGAAUUACUUUGUGUAUCAGUAGUGCAAUACAAAUAAAUGUGCCUUGCCUGCUCCCAUUCACAACUCUAAUCAAAUACCUAAAUUAUUAAAGUAGAAUAAACAAAGGCAAAAGUAAAAAGUAGAUUCAUAAACUAGAUAUGCAUGCAUCUUUAAAUAAGGGUCUGACUAAAUGCUA